AUGAGAGAAGCAUAUAGCGACCUUUGCACGGCAUUGGAAAAGCAGGGGGCUGGCCGUCUUCAUUCUUGGCAGCGUUCGCUAGCUUCACGUAUCCCGCUUGACUUCCUGAAGGUGUCGGUUCUCAUCCAAUAUAUUCACCCAGUGACAUCCCAAUCCAAUGGGGCGGGUAAUCUACCUGCCGCUCCAUCGCUGCGUCAACCGGACAUAUCCCAACUCGCAAAGCUAUGUGAGGAGCUCUUUGUUUGGGGACAUUCGAUGGGCAUCAUCCGCAAUUUCCGUGAUCAUGUCUUCCCAGGAUUAGCCACCCAUGACCUGCUUCAAGAUCUAUGUAAACGACGGGGACUAUUGAAAGACGACGACACUCAUAUCUCCCAGCAUGCUAUAGUUUCCAAAGUACGUGCUGUAUGUGCAAAUCAACGCGAACGAUCACAUUCGGAGUUAUAUGUAUCUCUCAUCAUUCCCGGUGAAAUCCUAACUCAGAUCACCUCUGCGAUUGAUGGGACAUACAAUACCGAUACCACGUCAGACGAGUACGAUCAGUUUGUGAAGAAACCCCAAGUUCAUGCAUGGCUCUCUCGUGUAUUGGCCCUUCAUGUGUGGCCGAACAUCUUGGAUGAUACACAACAUCAGACCCUCAAAGCUGGCAAAAAACAGCCAAGCCUCGCUCAGCCCGUUGAUGAGCCUAAACUUCCGUGGCAACGGCAAAAACCAAAACUCUAG